GGAUGGUAACUCGAAAAGUUUACAAUCUAAUCAAAUGAAACUUUGAUAUAUUGUUGGGUACCAGGUAAGGAAGACCCCUAUUGAUUUUGGAGAAAAAAGGUCAAAGGUCAAGUUCACAGUGACCGAAAAUAGAAUGAAAAUUUCAGAAAAAUUUGGUUUCCGGAUGAUAACUCCGAAAGUUUAAAUCCGAAUCAAAUGAAACUUUGAUAUAUUGUUGGGUACCAGGUAAGGAAGACCCCUAUUGAUUUUGGAGAAAAUAGAUCAAAGGUCAAGGUCACAGUGACCGAAUAUAGGAUGAAAUUUCAGAAAUAUUGGUUUCUGGAUGAUAACUCGGAAAGUUUAAAUCCGAAUCAAAUGAUACUUGGAUAUAUUGUUAGAUACCAGCAAAGCAAGGCCCCUAUUGAUUUUGGAGAACAAAGGUCAAAGUCACAGUGACCGAAUAUAGAUUGAAAACCUCAGACAAAUAUGGUUUCUGGACAGUAACUCGAAAAGUUUAAAACUGAAAUUAGUUCUUCACAAUUAUAAAUAUGCCACAUCAUUCCUGACUUUACAAUGUAUCCCAUGCAACUCGGCUCAUGCACCCCUGGGUGCAUUUACUGAUUUUUAUGAUCUAAAUUAAUAGUGAUAUCUCAAAAAUACUAAAAUAUGCUCAACUGGAAACUAAACUACAACCAAUGAAACAAUCAGUGAUUCAAUAUUAUACAUCAUCAUAAUAAUAGCGUUAUGUCUCACGUGAUCUAUAUCAACUAUUCAUCACUUUAUAUAUACACAUAAUAUGUAAAUUUGAGUUACUUUCCUCUCUUAUCUAUCCUCGGUCUUUUCACCUCAUAAAGCCAUCAUUAUGGUCAUCUAGAGUCUCUGCAGAAAAUACCAUAAGCAUUCGUAUUCUCCAUAUCAAGCAAAGGAAUCAUUUGUCAUACAUUUGCGUGUACAUAUAGCUGCGUGUUUUUAAAUCGAAAAAAGGUAGGGUACACAUAAAUUCUAUCAUUGAAUGGGAAGAAUUUAGAAGCAGGCGAUCAGUUCCUGUUUUUAAUGUCUUUGCCACUGAAUCUUGUAGGAUGUAUAUUGCAGUUUCUUAAAUGUCAAUCAAUCUUUCUUGUGAUCUAUUGCCCUCAUACUCCACUGUUGAUUUCUGCCCUGUGCCACACGAAGUGACGCGUUCUGUUUGGAUACUCACAGUAAGGAUUGAUUUUCCGUGUUUUCCGGCAAUAGUGUAAAAACGUCUGCAUUUUAUAUCGAGUUCAAAAUACCUCGUUCGUUUGAAACGGACGUUUUGCAUAUGAUGUUCAGUGAUCUUUUUUUUUUCUUUUUGUACAGUUAACACCAUCUGUUGGAUAGUUAUGAUUAACUGGGGAAAACUCUAAAUGGUGCAUAUAUGUGAGAUGCAUAUAAAUGGUGGUUGGAUUAUAUAUUUAUUCGUUUGUUUCCACACAAAGUUCGUUAAUGCUUUGAAGUGUUUUCACUGUAAUAAUCUCGAUAAUCCAGCUUGCGGGAUGUAUUUCAAACCAUACCAGUUCAAUGCACAGCCAUGUAAUGGAAAGAGUGAAAAUUUUAAGUGCGUCCUUCAAAGGGAGCCACCCAAAGGAAGAGAGGAUUGGGUAGGAAUAAUUCGCAGCUGCUACAAGAUUGGAAGUCUUUCUAUGAACGAAACGAAUGGAUGCCACAGAAUGAGAAUAGCUGGGUUUACCACAACAGCCACACUGUGUUUCUGUGACACGGACUACUGCAAUCACAGCAGUCAUUCAUGGCCGCCUUAUGCCAGCAUUACCACACUAACAUCAUUGGUUUUAUCACUAGUGUGGAACACAUAGUAUUACGGACUUGACAAUUUGGCGACAUGAAAUAAUUAAUUUCGAUGAAAUAUGAAUUAAAUGUUUGUAGUGCUAUUUCGUACACGGUAAAAUAAGUAAAAUAAGAUCAUUCUUGUUCUUAACGUAAUAGUAUCUACUACAUUGAUGAUAUGAAUUCCAGAUAUGUUUAAAUCUUUCUUCUCUGUCAGAAAUCAUAAAAUGGGCAUGACCCAUAAAUUAAUGGCUGAAGUGAUGUUAAUGUAUAUGGAGCGUAAAGACAUUAAACUUUAUAAUUAGAUUAAAAA